CAUUCAGCGGCGGUGGCUGAAGCGAUUGGACUGCCAGCGUCUCUCCCGACACUUUCUGUGGAAUUUGAAUUAUUUCGGCACGGCACGGCACGGUUCGUGGUACGCGGGUGACGGCCUGAACGGGGCAUCUUCUGGGUCGCAGCGGUGGUCGCAGAGUCGUCAGGCAGGCCGGAUUGGACACACUGGCGGGCCGCUUUUGGCCCGCGGGCCACAUGUUUGACACCCCUGCUCUAAAGUAACUGCUUGGAUCUCAGAAGGCAGCUGGAUUUCUUAAAGGCAAUCUGAAGGAGCUCAGCAAUGAAUAAGCUACGGCAGAGCUUCCGCCGGAAGAAAGACGUUUACGUGCCGGAGUCGAGUCGGCCACACCAGUGGCAGACAGACGAGGAGGCGGUCCGCAGCGGCAAAUGCAGCUUCGCAGUCAAGUACCUGGGCCAUGUGGAGGUGGAGGAGUCCAGAGGCAUGCACAUCUGUGAGGAUGCGGUGAAGCGGCUGAAGACGGACAGGAAAUUCUUCAAAGGAUUCUUUGCAAAAGCUGGGAAGAAGCCUGUUCGCGCCGUGCUGUGGGUGUCGGCAGACGGUCUUCGCGUUGUAGACGACAAAACAAAGGACCUGAUUCUGGACCAGACAAUAGAGAAAGUGUCGUUCUGCGCUCCGGACAGGAACUUUGAGAGGGCGUUCUCUUACAUCUGCAGGGACGGCACCACGCGACGCUGGAUCUGCCACUGCUUCAUGGCCAUUAAAGACUCAGGAGAGCGUCUCAGCCACGCCGUCGGCUGUGCGUUCGCCGCCUGUUUGGAGAGGAAGCAGAAGCGGGAGAAGGAGUGCGGGGUCACGGCAACCUUUGACGCCAACAGAACCACUUUCACCCGCGAGGGCUCGUUCCGCGUUACUACGGCAACAGAGGCGGCAGAACGGGAGGAAGUAAUGAGGCAGCUACAGGAUGCUAAAAAAGCAGAGACAGAUGUGAAGGUUUCCGGGAGCUCGGCCACCAGCGUGACAAACGUCUCGGCGCACCAGACGGGAGGAUCGCCGUCGCCGUCGUCCUCCCCGCCUCUCCCGGUGGCCACGCUGGGUCCUCAGGCGAUUCCCCGCCGACACGCACCCGCCGAGGCGCUGGCCAGGCAGGGCUCCUUCAGAGGCUUCCCGGCCCUCAGUCAGAAGACGUCUCCCUUCAAACGACAGCUGUCACUGCGUAUGAACGAGCUGCCCUCCACCAUGCAGCGCAAGUCCGACUUCCCCAUGAAAAACACAGUCCCUGAGGUAGAAGGAGAAGGCGACAGCAUCAGUUCGCUGUGCACUCAGAUCGCCACAGCUUUCAGCGGACCCCCGGAGGACCCCUUCUCCUCAGCCCCAAUGCACAAACCAGCCUCAUCGCCUCAGUCUCCUGUAGCUCCAGUGAAUGGCACGACUCCCGCCUUCUCUGCUCCUCCUCCUGCUGCUGCUGCUGCUGUUGUUGCCCCUGCUAACCCCCCAGUUCUGCCCCCUGCUCUGCCUGCUCGAGACACUAACCCCUGGGCUAAAAACCCAGCAGGGGCCCCAACCUCAGCACAUCCAGGAAGCGACUGGUCGUCCCCCACCCCGGUGAUCGUCGUCCCUCCGUCGUCUUCUCCAGUGCUGCCGUCUCACAGACGUACGCCGUCAGAAGCAGACCGGUGGUUAGACGAAGUCACCAAAUCAGUCCGAGCCCCUCAGCCGACCCCCAUCCUGGCAGCAGCGCCGCCCCCCUCCCAGCCCUUCACCGCCCCGAUGCCUGUAGCCUCUGUUCCCUCUGUUGCCCCGGUGGCCUUCCUGCCCUCUCUGCCUCCCGCCGUGCCCAUGCUGCCCCCUCGCCAGCCGGCCUUCCACGCCCCGGCUCCGGCCUCCUACCCGAUGUCCAACGGGCUGCCGUUCCCUCAGCCCAGCGUCCCGGUGUUCGGCAUCACUCCCUCGCAGAUGGUGGCCAACGUGUUCGGCUCGGCCACGCAGCCCCAGCCGUUCCCCGUCUCGCCGGCCUCCACGACGCCGCAGCACGACCCGCAGGCCGUGGGGAACAUCAGCCCCUUCAUCAAACCCCCUCAGCCCCCCACAGUGAACCCGCCUCCCCUGCAGCCCUCCAACGGCAGCGUGACCUUCAACGGCGCCGACAGCUGGGCUCCUCCUCAGAUGGCUCCUUCCUCCCCGUCCACCCAGCCGCCGCCACAGGGGCAGGAAGACGCCUUCGAGGCCCAGUGGGCGGCUUUAGAGAGCCGCUCGCGCCAACGCACCACCCCCUCGCCCACAAACCCCUUCUCCACCGAGCUGCACAAGACCUUCGAGAUCCAGCUCUGAGGAUUGAGAUCAGAAUGCGCUGGACAAUGAGGACUUGGUGGAGCAGGUGGGGGAGAUGGGAACGUCCUCCCGCCUUCCUCCCUCCCUGGUGGUCUCAGCAGGGAGUCAGCGGGCGACUCAGCAGGUAGCAGAACUCUGCACAGCGGUGAGAGAAGAAUUAAAAAAACACACAACAGGUUGCUGUUCAGGAGGGCACAGCUCCCCGGUGUUUCAUUAGCAUCGUCUGUAUUGUUUUGUUUGUGCUGUGGAGCGCCAGGUCGUCAUUUCCCUGGAAACACAGAGCCACACCCAGCCCCCCGUCAGCCCGGCCCAGCUCCGGCGCCCCCUGUUGGCCGGACACGACCUCCCUCAACCUGGCAGAGGAACUGCAGCACUGAGAGAAUUCAGCUUCCACAUGAGAAGUUCUCCUUAAUAACUUCCCAAUCAUAAGAAUAGAGUGAGACAAUGCCAAAAUCUUUAUUUUUAUGCAUUAAGUAUAUUUUAAAUAGCUUUGGAAUCUAACAGAAGAGUUGUAAGUAAUCUUGCCAAAGGCACAGGCUAGCUACGAUGAAACAAGUUUAUGUUCAUGUAUACAAGAAAUGAUCGUAUAUAUUAUACAUAAUAUAUAUAUAUACAUAUAUAUAUAUCUAUAAAGAAUCUAUACUGUAAACAGCUCGCAGCAGUGCUAAUUUUUAAUGUGAUGUAAAGAGAUUUUGUGAAGGGACAGCUGCUUUACUUCUGUGUUUAUUUUUAUUAUUUUUUGUUUUCUUUUUUCUUUUUGAAGAAUCUCUUUAUUGCCGUCUGUCGCGUCCUGUGAUUGGAUGUGAUCAUCUCACUGUAAAUAGGUUAUCAUUGCAGCAACAAUCACCGUGGACCUAGCAGUGGUGGUGGUGCCCGACUGGUUGCCUCUCGUUCCUGUGCUCCGUUUUUAGUAGUUUAGCACACAUCAGUACUUAACGUUUUACUCUCCUGUCUUCACUGUCAUUCUUUUAUUUUAUUUUUCUGUGUGUGUGGUAUCGAUCGAUCUUUUUUAUUUUAACGCAGUAGAAUGUGUCAUCUCCUGUUUCUCCACCUCUUAUUUUUUUAGUUGAUUUUAAUUAUUAUUUUUUAAAUUUUGCACAAGCACUAAAAAGUAGAUGACUCGACCUCGCCGGUGAUCAGCUUUCAGUCGUGGUGCUGCAGUAGCCGAGACGCUCGUUAGCCGGCCGUGGUUCUGACGGGCAGCAGAAAGAAGAAAACAAUCUGCAGGGAGAUUUAAUUAAAAAACAACGGUUUCAUCUCUCACUGUCUGAUUUCUCUCUGUCAUAUUUUUAUUUUUUUUUAAAAAUCAAACCUGUGAAUAUGAUCUAUUCUCUGAUCUAUUUUUCCAUUUUGUAAUUAUUUCAUUUCUUUAUUUCAUUUCUUUAUUCCACUUCUUUGGAGAAAUACCGAAGCUAAAAGAUUGAAUAAAUUUAUGGUGGUAGAGGAAUAAAGCGGCGUGUGUUUCUGAUUAAAUA